CGCGGCGAGCUCCCGCACCGCAGCGCACCGCACGGCCCCGCGGGCGGUGUCGUGCUCAGCCCGGCGCUGGGGAGGGGGCGGGCGGAGGCUUCCAGGGGCCCGGCGCUGCGGAGCCGCUCUCUGACCCGUCAGCGCCGCCUGCCGCGCUUGCUGCGGCUCGCCGGGUCUGCGGGCGGUCGGAGCCCAGCCGCGAUGCCGUCCCGCACCCACCGCCACCGGGCCCGGCAGGCGCCGGGGCGGCUCCGGCUGCGGACGCGGGACUAGGAGAGAGCCGCGGGGAGCCGGGGGAAGGGGCUGGGCGCGGAGAGCCCCGUGUUUGCGGGGAGCAGAUGGCUGCGGCUGCGCCGGAGGGCCGGGAGCCUGCACGGGCGGGCAGCGGUGGGCUUGGCGGCCGUGGGGUCGCGGCUGCCAUUUCAGCUAGAACGGGAUGAAUUUGCCGCACAAAAGCCAGCGGGGCACCCGUAAGAAAGGCAUCGGCCCGGAGCCCAGGAGCCCCGGAGGGCUGACGUGUCGGAGCCGAACCGGGAGCCCGCAGGGCCGGGCGGAUCGGCACCGGCAUCCCUCCAGGUGUGAGACCGGCCCCCGGGAGAGGCAGAUGCUGACAGAUGGGCCACCAAAAGUUGAGGGGCUAAUCACAAUGAACAUAGAGCUACUGACGGUGCAGGUGUGGGACACGGCAGGCCAGGAGAGGUUUCGGAAGAGCAUGGUGGAGCACUACUACCGCAACGUGCACGCUGUAGUCUUCGUUUACGACGUCACCAAGAUGACCUCCUUCAUCAACCUCAAGACGUGGAUCGAGGAGUGCAACGGGCACGCGGUGCCCGCGCUCGUGCCGCGGGUGCUCGUCGGGAACAAGUGUGACUUGAAAGACCUGAUCCAGGUGCCAUCCAGCAUGGCCCUGAAAUUCGCCGACGCUCACAACAUGCUUUUGUUUGAGACCUCGGCCAAGGACCCUAAGGAGAGCCAGAACGUGGACGCCAUUUUCAUGUGCCUGGCGUGCCGGCUCAAGGCACAGCGCUCGCUGCUCUGCCGGGACCUGGAGGGGCGGCCGGGCCCGGCCCGACGGCUGGAGCCGCCGCACGACGCCGUUGGCAAAGCGUCCUGCCCGUGCUGAGCGCGCUCCCGGGCGCCCCAAUAAAGGCUCUGCCGCUCCCCUC